AUGGCGAAGCCCCUCUCGUCGUGCCACUGCAUCGCCAAUGCCGACAAGCGAAGGCGGAUCAUGACCCGUGCCAGCUCGAAGACCUACCGGAGAGCCCUGCCCUGCGUCUCUCCGGAGAGGCCUCGCUGGAGGAAACUCUACUCCAGCCCGAUGUACGACCGCAUCGGCGACCUCGGCUGGAAAAUCGCCCACGCAGCGGCAGCAGAAGCUGCAGCAGAGGCUGCAGCGAAAGAAGCUGCAGCGGCAGCAGCAGCAGAAGCUGCAGCGGCAGCAGCAGCAGAAGCUGCAGCGGCAGCAGAAGCUGCAGCAGCGGCAGCAGAAGCUGCAGCAGCGGCAGCAGAAGCUGCAGCAGCGGCAGCAGAAGCUGCAGCAGCGGCAGCAGAAGCUGCAGCAGCGGCAGCAGAAGCUGCAGCAGCGGCAGCAGAAGCUGCAGCAGCGGCAGCAGAAGCUGCAGCAGCGGCAGCAGAAGCUGCAGCAGCGGCAGCAGAAGCUGCAGCAGCGGCAGCAGAAGCUGCAGCAGCGGCAGCAGAAGCUGCAGCAGCGGCAGCAGAAGCUGCAGCUGCGGCAGCAGAAGCUGCAGCUGCGGCAGCAGAAGCUGCAGCUGCGGCAGCAGAAGCUGCAGCUGCGGCAGCAGAAGCUGCAGCUGCGGCAGCAGAAGCUGCAGCUGCGGCAGCAGAAGCUGCAGCGGCGGCAGCAGAAGCUGCAGCGGCGGCAGCAGAAGCUGCAGCGGCGGCAGCAGAAGCUGCAGCGGCGGCAGCAGAAGCUGCAGCGGCGGCAGCAGAAGCUGCAGCGGCGGCAGCAGAAGCUGCAGCGGCGGCAGCAGAAGCUGCAGCGGCAGCAGCGGCAAUAGAAGCUCCUGCGGCAGCAGCGGCAGAAGCUGCUGCGGCAGCAACAGAAGAUUGGCCGGACCCCCCCCCCCCCAGGCCGGAUUACAUGGCGGCCCCCCAAAAAUGGGGCAGAGCGAUUUACGGGAUGAAGAAUACGUGA